GUAGAAUGUUGUGAGUCUAUGAAGCACCUUAGCAGUUUCUUUCACUCUUCCUAGAAGGCCAGGUGUCACAGGAAAACUUCACUUUUUUGUUACAAGAGUUAAGUGGCAUCCAGAAACGGCAGCGGAUUACCGACCUUCUGCUGAGUGGAUGGCAGCACCAUUAAAAAUGUCUCUUCCUUCCUGGAAAUUCAGCAAAGAGUUAGCGUUGCCAGGCUGUUGGAUCUCUUCCAUGUUAAUGGAUAAUAUUUGAUAUGCGCCCUGUAAAUCCUGCCCUGGGACUCUGUGACCGGUGGGGUGCCUGAUGCCUGUAAUCCCCAUUCCCCGCCGGGUCCGUUCGUUCCACGGCCCCCACACGACCUGCCUGCAUUCGGCCUGUGGCCCGGUAAGGACCACUCACUUGGUGCGCACCAAGUACAACAAUUUCGACAUCUAUCUCAAAUCCCGAUGGAUGUACGGAUUCAUCCGUUUCCUGCUGUACUUCAGCUGCAGCCUGUUUACCUCCAUCCUCUGGGUGGCACUCUCUAUCUUGUUUUGCCUUCAGUACCUUGGCAUCCGGAUCUUUCUGCGUUUCCAGUACAAACUCUCCAUCAUCCUCCUGUUACUGGGGCGAAGGCGCGUAGACUUCAGCCUCAUGAAUGAACUGCUCAUCUAUGGAAUUCAUGUGACCAUGCUGCUAGUGGGGGGGCUGGGAUGGUGUUUCAUGGUAUUUGUGGAUAUGUAAAUAAAACACGCGCAUGUGGGCUGAGAAGGUGACUUUUCUUCUACCCCAAAAUGUGUCAAUAUCUUCUUUUCUUUUUUAUAUAAAUUAAUUUAUUUAUCAGUGCUACUCCUUAUUGAUAAAUUAACGUACUUGUCUCUGGAAUUUGUGUCUUUUUGAGGGUUGAGGUGCCAUUUUGAUUAUCAAAGUGCAACACUUGAUUGGGUGUUUAUUCUUUGCACAGUGCAAGUUCUUCUAGUCCAUGGGACCCUACCUUGCUGCUGUUCCUGUAUUCCUGUGGGCAUGAAAAAGGCAGUGAUUUUUCUGGAGGACAGAAGCCAGAUAACUUUGCACCCCACGCUCUUAAUCCAUCUUCACCCUUUUUCUAAAAAUGUUCCUUAAUGUCUCAGGCAUGUAACGUGUACCCUACUUGACAAGUGUUAUCCUUUCUCUAUGUAGUUUGCAUUUUGCAUAUUCCCUGCUAAGAAUAUGGGGCCAAAUUCAAC